AAAACAUUCAAAUCAUUACAAUAAAAAUGUCUCCUCCUAACCAAAACGAACAAGUCAUUCCUGUCCAAGAGCAAGUUGAUAUCAAGCAAUUGGCCGAAGCUGGUUACUAUCUUGAAUUUCCCAAAACAACCUAUCCCGAGCUUACUGCAUUCAAGCAUGAAGAUAUCGGUCACCGCGCUGAUCCCAAAAAGUCCUCGCUCUACGAAAAUGCUACCAAGGUCUUUAACUUAACUCCCAACAUUGGUACUGAAAUUGAGGGCCUUCAAUUAUCCAAAUUGACCAAUCAACAAAAGGACGACCUUGCUUUACUCAUUGCUGAACGCGGUGUUGUAUUUUUCAGAGAUCAAGAUAUCAAUCCUCAUCAAGGUCUUGAGCUUGGAUCCCAUUAUGGUCCUCUUCAUGUUCAUAAUGUUGCUGGUCACCCUCCCAAUUUACCUGAAAUUCUUCCCGUUUACUAUGGCAAAGAUGUCCCUUCCACACAGUAUGAGCGUAGUUUUACCACCAACUUGCGGGCUUCUGACGGCUGGCACAGCGAUGUUAGCUACGAGCUCCAACCUCCUGGCUUCACAUUUUUAAAGAUUGACACACUUCCUGGAGAGGCCGGUGGCGAUACAUUGUGGUCAUCUGGCUAUGCUGCUUACGAUCGUCUCUCACCUGAAAUCAAGAAGACUUUGGAAGGACUUGAAGCUGUUCAUUCUGGUAAAGAACAAGCUGAUAGUGCUGUCGCCAAUGGAAGAACAUCUCGUCGUCAAGAAAACACACAUACCCAUCCUAUUGUUCGUACUCAUCCUGUCACUGGCUGGAAAUCAUUGUAUGUUCAACCAGGUUUUACUCGUAGCAUUGUGGGUCUUAGUAAACAUGAAUCCAAUACACUCCUUCAAUUCUUGUAUGAUCAUAUUACUGGUGGCUAUGAUUUCCAAGUCAGAUUCAGAUGGACUGAGAAUGCCGUCGCUGUCUGGGAUAACCGUGUAACAAGUCAUGCUGCUAUCUUUGAUUACCUUGAUGACGGUAAGCGUCACGGUUGGAGAGUCACUACUCAGGCUGAGAGACCUUACUAUGAUCCCAAGAGCAAGUCUCGUAAGGAAGAACUUCAACAAAAGAAGACUGAAGCUGAGCAAAAGAAGGCUUAGAGUCUUUUCUUGACUAAAUUUUGCGUAGUCUUUCAAAAC